AUGAAAACGCUGAAGAUGGAGGGCUGGGUUGUGAUUUCGUACCAAGAGUUGUACCCGUCCUCAAUGGAUAUUGAUUUGGCUGUUGAACGCACCAUACUCCGCCAGCAUCUCGCUAGCCAUCCAGUUGUGUUGUCGAAACAUACCAAAGUGCACAAGGCUACAAGUGUACCCGAAUUUGUAGUUCCAAAUUACGUAGUUGAUCUGGGUUUCGUUAUUGUGGGGGACCAGGUGGUACACGCUACAAAAGUAUUCAACUACGGACCUACGACCACAUUCAUAAAGGUCAGGACGGUCGGUGGCAAAUUGAUAUUGUCAGAUUUUGGCGGUGUGCACAUCGAGAGUAAUAGGUUCAACGUUGAAGUGGGUCGGAUGAGAGAAGUUGGAAUUCAUUUUCGUCCAACUCAAGAGAUGUACAAAGAGCUGGACAAGGAACUUGUGUACGACGUUUGUCUUGAUGUUGCUCACGGAGCACGUAUACCAGUAUGUAUAAGAGCAACAGUGACAGUACCUAGACUCACAAGCAAUACAUCCCAUCUCCAUUUCGGGGAGGUUCGCUGUGGUGACAUUAAAAAGAGGUCAUUGAUAUUAACGAAUAGCGGAUUUGUUCCCUGCUCCUACACCGCCACUGUUAAUCAAAAGGAGCAAAAGACGAAAUGGAGAAAUGAAGAUGGCCCACCGAAGAACGUAUUUUUUAUCCAUUCUAUUAAAGACACAGUCAACGUUGGUUGCAAGAAGCUCUUAGACGUGUACUUCGAGCCACAAGUUGACGGCAGCAUUGAUUACCAUCUUACGGUCAGCAUUGAAAAGAAUCCAGAAAAGCUGCAUAUUGCACUAAGAGGUGUUGCUAGAAUGCCACUGAUCAAAAUAACGGACGAGGUUGUUAAAUUUGAACCAACCUUGCCCUACGAUCCUUCGUGUUUCAAAAAUGUUACAAUUGAAAAUACAUCAGCAGUGCCGAUUGAGUUCUACUUUACAGAUUUUGAUCUAGCAAUUGAUACAGAAGACAAAAUAAUGAACUUAUUAUUCGAAUACUACUUAUCAAACCAGCUGACCAUACCACCAAGAAGACCUGGGCAAGCUUUACCAAAACAAUUCCACGACUUUUAUGAAAAGGUUUUGGACAGCCUUCACAGGAAAUUAAUCAAGGUAUCUAUGAACAGCCCGGAUGCGAAACACACAAACUCAUUGGACUCCUCAGCGCAGACAGUCACCAGUAGCAAACGGCACAGCCAUUGGAAAAACAGUUCGUAUGUCAGAUCACAAUCUCUCGACAUGACCACUAUGGGUUCUACAUCAUCCAUGCUUCCGAAAGAUCCUUCACAGCUGCAUUUACUAGUGAAGGCACACCUAGAAGAAUUCGUGCAGCAGGAAAAGACAAAGAUAGAUCCUGUAGCAGAUGCUAUCGCCGAAUACGUACAAUCCAUUGACAAGAAGCAACCGCCUCGAGUUAAUGAAGGCGUUUUCCUCAUUUUUCACGGUUACCAAACAACAGACUACGUACGAUCAUCCUGUAAAGUAGGAUUGGAACUUUCAUUACCGGUGUAUAGCAUUGAUCAGUUAUUAAUGGAAGGCAUCGCCGAAUGCAGCACAAUGGUAGCUGUGACCGUUAAAACCAUUAUCGAAAAUGAGUACAAGUUAAUCGCGCAACAUCACGAUCUAACAAAACUGAGCAGUUACGAACUAUUGCAGCUGCAAGUUAAUUGUAUCUUAGAAGAGCAGAUGAACCCAAAAGUUGCUAAGAAGGACAGCAAAAAAGGGAAGAAACAUACAGAGCAGGGUACGGCUACGUUUCUUGGAAUAAGUGAAGUCUUACUUUUGGAUGUGAUUAAAAGCAAACUUCAAGCUUUAAAGACUGGAAUAGUUGUCGAAACACUGAAUAGCGUCUUUAUAAAGCUCCCGGUUCAAGCUUUAACCUUUCUGCUGAAAGCUAUUGGAAACGCGCGCUACAUUCACUGCUUCGUUCUAGCUUUUAACUAUAUACAAAGCAAUCACUUUAAGGCAACUCAGGAGAAAGCUCAAGAGGAAAAAAAGGUGCAGGAUCGCCAAGCACAGCUGUCAAGAAUACUUAAGCUAAGCACAGAGGAACUGACGACCUUAUCGGCUGAUGACUACGAAAUUUAUGCCACAUACUAUUUGAAAGAACGUAGACAACGUACCUUGUGCAAAAGAGAAAAUUUGCAAAGAAAAGGGUUAGCGCAUCCUUCUAAAGUAAAACGUAAAGAACCCCCCCAAAAGACAUCCAAAAAAGAUGAAGCAGUGCCAAAAAGUAAUGCCAAAAAGGGGACUUCUAAAUCUACCUCCGUGGUGGACACUUCACAUGGUUCCUUGAAGUCACACGAUCAAAACAUUAAGAAAACGUUCGAAACUUUCGAGUCCGAUUUAAAGCACAUUUUACAUUUACUAGAGUAUUGGGACCGAAAAACUGGCACGUGCACGAAGUCCCUACCGCAAAUCACACCAGCUACCUCGAAAACUAGUAAGUCAUCAAAGACGUCAUCAAAGAAAUCUUCAAAGACGUCAUCAAAGACUACAAGUGUACUCCCGGUAACGAUAACCGAUCCGAAAGAUUUUUCGAACUUAACACCAGAGCGAGAGCUGUAUAUUCUUCAAAAUGGUGUUCCGUGUUGGGUUAUUGAAAACGCUCACCCUCAUAAACCUCUCGACGUUCUAUUGUCGAGAUACUUGAAGCAAGUUCAAGAUUUGAUUAAGGCCAAAGACAGUUUAGCGGAAAGCUUGAAGGAGCAUGUCAAAGAAACGGUCGUAGUUCGAUCGGUUUUAACGAGGACUCAUGAACCGAGAGUUAAGAAUAUGUCCACAAUUUUCUUUGUACGAGAUGUACUAGAAGCCAAUGAUCCUAUGAAGAUCGGUUCUACAAUUGAUACAAGAAGGAAACUCUCACGCCCAGUAACCGCUAAGAGUAGCAAGGGAAGCAAAGUUAGAAUCAAAUCUGCAUUAUCAACAUUGGCGGAACUAACUUCAUCGUUAGACCACUCCAAUUUAAACGAUGAUAAAUUUACUACAAGAAUGGUUUUGAAACCUGGAGGAAGCGUGACGUAUCGACUGCUCUUUAAGCCGGAACGAGUCGGUUUUUAUGUGCACACAUUCACUCUGCAAGUGGUCGGUUGGCCAACGCAGUAUUUCCUAACCUGUGAGGGUAACUGCGAAAUUCCCAAGCUGAAUAUAGUCCCAGAAAUUAUUUUCCCAAAAGUACUAAAGAAGCGUACCAAGAAAGCGCUCUACCAUAAUUGUAUAUACCUAAGCAACGACGAGGUUUUCGAUUUUGGACCGAUUUUGGCGCAGAGUGUGGUGGAUCCCAUCAAACUGGCCGUUGAAACUGAAUUUAACUUAACUAACAUUUCAUUGAUCACAUGUGAAGCAUCGUGUGUCAUACGCUCCAAACCGAGGUCUUUCGUUGUUGAUGAAAAUGCGCUUACUAUACUCCCAGGUUCCACUCAAGUUCUGGACAUAAAGGCUAUCGCAUCGGCAGUGACCGAAACAAAUGAAGAUCAGCUCUUAAUUUCCAUUAAGGAUAAUCCCGAAAUUUUCAGCAUAAACUUGAGAAGUGAAAGUACGCCACUAUCAUUUGCCGUCAGCUCCAAGUCUGUGCGUUUCGAACGCGUUCUUGUAAACGACACAGAGGAACGCACACUCGAUUUACAAAACCAGUCGUUUGUUCCACUGGCCUGGCAGUUAGUUAACUUGCAGUCUAUUUUAAAGAAAUUCGCCAUAUCACCAUUGCAAGGCUACAUCGAACCUCGUACAACACAAAAUGUCAAUAUUGAGUUUUUCUCUCCCGUCAAACUGGUCGUACCCGAUCAGAUGAUGAAAGUCGAGGUUUAUGAUAAGGAUUAUAAAAGCCCGAUUCCAUUACACCUCGAAACAGUUCACGUUGGAGCAGAGGCAAUCCAAGUCUCCAUUGACUGUCCACGCACACUUAACUUAUACGAAGUUAAAGGUCAAAAGGAACUUAUUAUUCCAUACACAUUGAUCAGCACAGGAAAAUAUGGGGUGGAAUUUACGUUUUUGCCGGUCUCCAAACAAGAGGAUCCGAAUCGGAAUCAACGCAAAACACUAAGAAGUUCCUUCACCGCAACACCUUCGUCAGGAAUUUUAAGGACGAAUACACCAUUUGACAUCGUUAUCAAGUUUUUAGGGACAAAGCCUAUCAAAGUCAAAGACGCGCCCGUUUACAAGGUGACCUUCGUCGAUCAAGUCUUUAAAAAGUUUAUCGACUCAUUCCUACUCACGGCGACUCUAAAAACGGAGUUCUCUCUCUUCGAAUUAUUCCCGCCCACCGAGCUCAACUUUGGCUACCAACUGUUAGGAAUCAACGCGACGCAGACCAUCACCGUUUCGAAUUGCGGUAAAUUUGACUUUGACUACCAAGUGCUUAGUUUGAAGGAGAUCUUGGAGGCAAGGCACAAGUCGACUGUCUCCGAUAAGUCAGUUACUAAAAAGGGAAGCUCCAAACCGGAGAAGGCAUCUAAGGCAUCAAAGAAGGGGAACGCGGACAAGUCGGAGAAAGGCGACACAAAAGCGAAGAUUAUUACGACUUUAGCUGUUGGUGAGUUCACACUAACUCCAUCGUCUGGUACGGUUAAAGCUGGAACAGUUGCGACAAUUUCCGUAACCGCAAGAAGUAACCAUUUGGGCACGGCUCAGGAGGUGGUUGUGGUCAAGGUUAGCGAAACUGAAGACGCCGACAAAGAAGGGAGACAAAUCACCCUCUCAAUAACUGCAUUUCUACCAACCGUCAACUUUAGCGACUACAACGCCAUUUUUCGAGAGCAGUUUGUUGUUGAGUCCAUGACUGCAUUUGAAAGUAGCGGUUCUAACAACACAAAGGCCGUUUUUAUUAAAAAUGACAAGCGACUUCACUUCCCAAACGUGCCUAUUAACACGAAAGCGCAAGCCAGAAUUCGAUUAGAAAAUGUCAGUCCCGUGCCUGCCGAUCUACAAUGCGUAAUAAGGUCACGAGAAGAGUCUAGCUUCAUAGUAGCACCUGCUAGAGUUAACAUUGAACCAUACUCUACAAAUUAUACCACAGUGACCUUCCAACCCAGUAGUAUUGAGAGGAUGGAAGGUUCCUUAAGUAUCCAGUACUACGGCGUCGACGCCUCGUAUAAUGCUAAUCGCUUUCAUAUCACAUUAUCGGGUGAGGGUGUAGUACCAGAAGUGGCAAUAACUUCGCCCAAAUACGAUAGCAGCAUCGGCUGUUAUGUCGUCAAUUUCUCACCCACAUUCAUCGGUGACACAGCAACCGACAGCAUUACCAUACAAAAUAUAGGAGCAAUUCCAUGUCAAGUUAUACUUGAAGUAAGUGAUGACACUAUGAAUGUCUUCAGCAUAGCAGCUCAUCAGCACACCAAGCCAAAACUAAAAAUUCAAGACUAUGAAGGAGUAAGUCACACGAACUUAGUCCACUUGAACGUUGAAGAAUUAGGAGAAUUUUAUCUUCAGUUUCAACCAAAUUUCCCUGCGAGUUUCAGUUGUGUCGUGAAACUGCAUCUCAUAAACAACCCCUAUGAAACGCGCAUGAUUGCGGUCACUGGCUUAGGAUACACGGAUAGCGUGCGGCUGAAGGAUUUGGGUACUUGCGCGAUUAAAAAAAGCUCCUCUUCUACCUCAACGCUAGAGGAAGACAUUAUUGCUUAUACAAUAGAAUUUGGCGCACUUGCCGUAAACAAACCACGCAGAAAGUGUUUUAAAAUUGUCAACGCAUCGCCCACUCAAACCUAUAAAUUUGAAUUUGUUAAUUGGGAUAAGGUUUCUUUCGUACCAAGCCGAGGCCAUCUUAAGCCCGCGGCUUGCAAGGACGUCAUUGCAACUUUUAAGAGUAAAGAACCCUGUACCGUGGAAAAGAUUCCUUUACUAUGCACCUUGUGCCAAAUUGAGUAUGUGGAUCCUCAAAUUGAGCUACUGUCUUGGGAUGAUAGGCAAACUGUCGUUCUUUGGGAAGAUCAAAAAUGUUUGUCGUCGAUGAGCGUUUUGGAACAUAAAGCUGUUUCGGGAAGCACAAUGGACGUAGUGCACCCAAAUAGCACAUCUACAACAAAAAUUGUUAAAGAUAAAGACGAACCAUCCACCAACAUCAUCCCUGAUACUAAAAAAUCGAUAUCAAUACUAAUUUCAGCAACUUGCGACCACUGCUCGUACAAUGUGUCGCUUGACGAAAUUGAAUUUCCCGAUACUUUUGCAUUUGAGCGCAAAACUGCCACAUUCGAGAUUACAAACACCUCGAAUGUUUAUCUCGAAGUUCGUUGGAAUAUUACAGUGGAAGAGAAUUUGGAGAUGAAUUCACCUGUUGAAGAUCCUUCUUCCAACACGUUUGAAGUAGCAUCUAAGCCUAGAAAAACGUCGCGUCCAACUCAUCUGAGCGGAGCGGAAAAGUUUCUAUACAACGAUUCGCUUUCGGGUAGCUCUGCAAAGUUUAGCUUAUUUAGUGAGGAAAGCAACAUUUCAUGGUUGGAUGAUGGCACCCCUCCAUUCGACCUAGCGCCAAAUCCCGCGUCGGUGGCUCCCAUGGAGAGCCAAAAAUUCGUCGUCACAUUCUCACCUAAGUCCAUAGCCGAGUACUUAGCGCACGUUACAGCCAACAUUUCGAAUCUUCCUCCAUCUUCGGAUCAGUUGGACAUCAAAGUUAAGGCGAACAGCCUCCUUCCAGCAUUCUACUUCAACGUCGAACCAAGUGAUUACGUGGUUAAUCGGAGGAAGGUGUCUGUCACGUGUGGCGACUUGGUAAAUGAAAACACGGAAGUUGUGGAGUUUGAAGCUGUUGGUUUAGCUGUGGCAGUAGAGAGGAGCUUCUAUGUGGUCAAUCCAACUGAACAAACCCUUUUAUAUAACUGGACGGAAGCAUUUCCGAGUACAAGUGAAGUCUCACUGUUUUACUGUUGCAAACCUCAGGGUUUAAUAGAGAAAAGGAAGAAAGCUAGCAUGACGUUUAGUUUCAUGCCGCCGUCAACUGGAACUUUCGAGGCGUUUUACAUAUUCAGCGUGGACAAACACAAGCUUACCAAAACAUUUUUAAUGGUUGGUCACGCGAGAGAACCUGUCGUCUUCUUCGCCAAUCCCUACCUUCAAAUUCGACCAAGUGUUAUCGGAGUGGACAUAAUCGACAGCACCUGUAUAAAAAACAAUGAAGAUUUUGAAAUUGAUUUCAAGUUUGAAAAGGAAUCAAUAUAUGGGGAUGCUCAUCAACAGAAAUUAACAGUGGUACCACUCAAGGGCAACAUUGGACCACACGAGGAAAAGAAGAUCUCUAUUACUUUCCACCCCGUUAAAGUGGGUGAGGUGGGUUUUAACUUAAAAUGUUCCAUCAGUAAAAUGAAGAAUCCUCUUCUCCUAACUGUAAGUGCAACCUGCUACGAAAUUCAAUCACAGGUUUUCUAUGAGACCGGCGUUGGCAAGAAAGUGUUCUUGCACCCCAGUGAGCCUAACAUGUUGGAACUUAAAUCGCUAGCUCCACUGUUAACUCAAGAUAUUAUAUUCACGAUGACGAACAUCGGUGAGAUAGGUUUCUACUACGCUUGGAUUCUGAAGGAAGACUUGACCACGAACAAGGUGGACAUAAUCUUUGAGCAAGGCAAUGGAUUUGUGCCGGUUACUUCGGAAAAAUCAACGAGAAUGUGCGUCACUCCACUCACGAAUGUAUCCAUCAAAAACACGAUCAUCAAACUACAGAUUCGAUAUGGACUCACGUACACUAUUUACCUUUCUGGUGCAACCUCGCUACCUUUCUUCAAUUUCUCUGUCAACGAGUAUAACUUUGGCAUCUGUCUGGUACAGAAAGAAAUGACGGAUUAUUACAAAACAAUUGUAGAGUUUAAUAAUGGUGACGACGCGCCUAUUACGUUGGAAUGCAAGCAACCUGAGGUGGACUUCUUAACGGUCAAGUUUAAAUCGAAACAAGUUCAAGGAAGACAAACUGAGCCGAUCGAAGUUCACUUUCACCCCUUCAAAGUGCAAACCUACACGAUCUACGUUACAUUUUACGUUAACUCAAGACCACACGAGCUCUGUUUUCGCGGCGAGGGUGUCGCCAAUUCUGUGCUUCUCGCGAAUUUCAGUGAUAAGUUUCUAAACUUUGGCGAGGUGGCGGUGGGUGGAUCGAGUAAGAGAGCCGUUUCCGUUCUAAACAAUAGUGACGCGUACAUCGACAUUAUUUUCGAUCUACCCGAUUGCUUGCCGAUUUUUUCGAGGCCAAGAAAAAGGCUUGAACCUCAAUAUGAGCCCGGUAGUAUAUCGUCGAGUAAAUCAAAACAAAGUCCUCGACUAGGCAAGAAAGACGGUCAGCUCGUGACCAUUGUGCCGAAGAAAUUUACCAGGGUCCCACCUCAUCAGGCUACCCAGUUUAUUUCCACUUAUACACCAACCGAACGUAUGAAAGCGUUUUCGGGAAAAAUCGCCUAUCAAGUCCAGGAUAUUGUUGAAACUUUGUGCACGUUUAAAGGCUCUUGUGUUGGUCCCGACUAUACGCUGGACAAGACCAUCAUUCCGUUCGGUUGUGUUAUAUUGGGCUACAGCAAUAAGCAGAAGGCCAUGUUAAAUAAUGUAGGGGACGUUGGUGGGGCUUUCAAAUGGACAUUUGAGAAGUAUCACCCUUGCUUUACAAUCACUCCCGAACAUGGUUUCGUUUCGCCUGGUACCAGUGCAGUUUUUACCGUACAGUUUAAUCCAUCAACUUUGGGAAGUGUAUUCGAGGCAAAAAUCAAAUGCAUUAUCGGUGGAUACAAGAAAUCCUUAGAGAUGCAAUUGUCGGGAUCGUGCAUAGGAAUGCCACCCGCUGUUGAACGAAUAGAGUUUGAGUGCCCUGUCCGUAGCUCGACUAAGCGUUUUAUUAACAUCGAAAAUCCCUCUGCUCAAACUUGGAGAGUAGCAACAACAAUAGAAGGUCAAUACUUUAUAUCCAAAAAUGUUUACGUAGUAAAACCAAAGUCAGUAUUGCCAUGUGAGGUUUCAUACUCUCCCUUAACCAUGACUGGGAAAAAACCACAUCGGGCGACCAUUUUCUUCGCUUAUCCCGAAGGACUAGGAGUACUAUACGAAUUAAGUGGACGAACCACGCCUCCGCUGGUAGUUGACAGAAUACAAAGAGAAAUUACGUGCAAGACGUUGUAUAAAGAAACAUUAAUUGUUAAAAAUUGGCAAAAACGUCCGCAAUCAUUUGAGGUUAUAACCGAAAAUUCGAGCCCAAGUCCCAUUUUGUACAAGUUGGAAGGCAAUCCCAGCAUUGAAGUAUUGGGUCAGAGUGAGAGGCCGUACACAUGGUCGAUCUAUGUGUUAAAAGAAGGGACAUUACAUUUGAAGGUUAUGUUCAGGAACAAGGAAACAAAAGAGUAUCUGUACUAUGAGGUCAUAUUAAAAGUUUUGAAAAGCCCUCCCUUGGACGUUAUAACACUCAAUACUUGUGUUCGGAAAUCUCUUACCUACUCCAUUACUCUUGAAAAUCCACUUUCACGCCCUGUUACAUACACGGCUAAAAGUACGGUUCCUGAGCUGAGUUUCGUCAGCCCACAGACAGUCCCUGCCUUAUCAGAGAGUAAAUUCGUCAUCACAUUUCUGCCUUUAACGGAAGGUGAGUCAGAGGCGCACAUUGACCUCAUUUCGAGUGAUCUUGGAAUCUACCCAUACGAUUUCAAGUUAAUAACGCGUCCACCUGUUCCUGAUCAGCAGCUAUUCUUUAUCGCGAGGCUUGGACAAACCGCAACUCAAAGAGCUUCCGUGACGAACACUGCAAAAGCUACCACAACUCUGGCGGCCCAGUUCACCGAACCCACAGCAUUUUUCAUAGAAGGCAACAUAACAGUUUCUCCCCAUACUACUAAGGAAUUCCUGGUACGCUUUGAACCGUACGAAAUCGGUACUCUCAAAUCGGUUCUAACUUUACAUUCGCCCGCAACGGGAUCCUACGCGUUCACACUAACCGGAACGUGCGAACCGCCCAAGCCUCAGGGACCCUACUUCAUCAUUCCCGGCGGCUCUACGUCGGUCACGUUUAAAAAUCCUUUUCUAGACUCGACCGAUUUCCGUUUCGUAGUCGAACCGGCCAUAUUCAGCCUGAAAAAUGACUCGCAAACUGUGUAUGGAAGGUGUGAGACCAAGAUCGCCAUUAAUUUGGCGCCCUUAGAGAAUUUGGAGAUCUUGGUCGAUCGCAAGUAUUCAAUCGCCGGAAAGCUGACGAUUUAUCCUAGAGAGGAACGUGUUUCUCACAUUAAAUGGGUUUAUUAUUUACAAGGUGAUCUUAAUACUUAAAUGUUUAGCAAUAAAGAUAUAUGUGCUCAACUGCG